AUGGCGGCAAUCCACGCUCUAUCAGCGUACGGUGAUAGCGAUUCCGACGAAAAUGAAAGUGUCGAAGAGGAAAUCACACCAGAUCAUACUGCACAUCUUAACUCUGACGUCUCAAUUUCUAAACUUCAGUCCAAGAUUCAGCUAAAAAGUGCUCCCGAAGUCACUGCAAAGGUAGGUGGAACCAUCAGUAGAUUAGCUUACAUGUACAUUGAACGCUACAAUCUUGGACAAAAUAGAAUGGAACAGCAAACCCCCAUCCCCCCCAAAUCAAGGAUGAAGCCGCCCGAAAAACGCGCCAUUUUCCCAUCCUUGAUUUGGCGGGGAGGGGGGGUCUAGGUUUUCCAUUUAUUUUGUCCAAGGUUGUCUCGAAGUUGUCUAAGUCACGAAAUAGUGGUCACUGUUAAUUAGAGAGUCAUCUUUCAACACAUUUAUCGGUUGAAAACACUGGUCUGUGACCCGCAGUCACAAGUGUCACCGAGGAUGUCCACACUUACUAUACUCUAAGAGAACAUUUUUGCACAUCGUGUCUGGGAGGUUAGAAAAAGGUGCUCUUGAACAUGGAAUUACUUGCAAAUCAUAUAAAGAGUUCUGUAACAGGGUAAAAAGGACCAUGAAUGUUAUUUCUCAGGAGUCACUAGACUGUGGACUUGUUAUACCUUGCUGAAAUACCAACAACGAUGAAAGGCUAAAACUUAACUAAUUAAAACUUUUAAACUGUGUGUAGCGUACUCGAAUUUUGUUAAAAUGACAAGGUUGACGUUUCACUGACGGUUUACAAAAGGUUUUUGUGUGAUUUAAGAUGGUUUGCAGCGGUUUUCAACGGUUAAUCACGAUUAACAGCCAAGUGACUCACUGUCUCUUACUUUAUUGUACCAAGACAAAAUCGUGAAAAACUGAUAAAAACCGUCGGUAAUCUGUUGUAAAUCGUGCUAAUCCUCAUGUUUGUCAACAUUAAUCGUAUUCAAUUUCCUAGAGUGAAAAAAGCCAAUCUGUAUAGAUAAAAUAUUGCUAACAACGAUCUAUAAAGGCACUGAUACAGUUCUUAAAAAUAGCGCCAAGGCAACAGCCUCUCCAUAAAUUACAUAGAGGUCUAGCGUGCAACAUCGGCGAGUAGGAGUAGCGUACCAGAGGUUUUUUCGGCAGGUUCAAGUCUCGUUUGUAGCCAAAUUAAUUUUUUUUUCUUACUGUAAUUAUUCCUGCAAUUACCAGCCGAUGCAAUUUCUAUAUAUGUUUUGUGGGGUUCUGCCUUCAAGCUUGUUAAAAUUAUUGCAAUGAAUCAGGCAUAAGUUUGUCUUUUUUUUGUCUUCCCCGCAGCAGAACUCUCUCGUAGUGAGUAAGGCAUACCGCACUUCAUACAGACUUAUGAUAAGUGAAUUCUUCUGUUUUGUAUGAGUUCACUGACAAAUGACCAGGUUUGCUUUGAAAGCAUUUAGCUUUGAAGCAUUUAAACGCAGAUUUCUUGUCAUGAUUGUUAUCAUGACGCUAUGAGUAACGCCAGUCGAGGCUUUCAGACAAUCUUGGACAAAAUAAAAUGGAACAGCAAACCCCAAUCCUCCCCCCCCCCAAAUCAAGGAUGAAGCCGCGUGAAGGGCAAAAACGCACCAUUUUCCCAUCCAUGAUUUGGGGGGGAGGGGAGGUCUAGGUUUUCCAUUUAUUUUGUCCAAGAUUGUAGCUACUGUAGCUAGUGUUGUUAGAUUUUACGAACAGCCUGCAUUGAUUACUAAACUUUACUUGAUUUCUUCAGAUUAUGUACAAUUCAAUUUUUUUCAGCAUUCAAUGUAGAUUUCUCUAUCAUGUUACAACUGGCACGGGUUUUAUAUGUCUCAUUCUAAACAUAACUUUUGUAAGAAGUUGCCCAUCUAAUUGAGACAUCAUUCAGAAAAACGUGAUUUGUCAAAUCAGAGAGACAGGCAUCAGUGACAUCACGUCACAUCAGGGACGUCACCUAUGACCUUCUGCAGGUUACUAACUGUAAUCCUGAUAAGAUCAUCUGGACAAGUAACCAAAAGGUCAUAGGUUUGAUUCCUUUAGGGAGUAAUCUAAUUUUUCCUUCUGAGCCGCCUGUUUCACUGACUGAAAAAUCAUCUUUCUCAAGUAUUCACCAGUCUCAAAAUUUACCAUUACAUCUCUGUCAAGACAUCUUGUUUGCACUUGUUUAUACUGAUCAUGGUUAGCCUUUCGCUUGUAUAACUUUCUUUGUAUGUCUACUUCUACAUCUGCUUUAUUGCUCUUCAACAUUUUACACAUCUUAUAGGAAGAUGUUGGUGUAAUUAGACAAGUGGAUCCCACGGCAAAAGAAGUUACUUACAAUCCACGAUAUGAAGAGAUGUUCUCACCUCAGGUUACAAUUAUGUCAUUUUGGAAGUAUAAACUCAUUUUCUGUGGAUAUUGAUACUUGUAUUAAUGUAAAUCUAGACCACCCCCCAAAGUAGCAUACAUGGGGUCUGACGGGCUCUAACUAGCCGUCGGCAAAAUACACUAAGGAUGUAAAAUUACUACAAUAUAUCUGAUGGUCACAAGAUUUUAAGUAACCAAUCAGAUAGCAAUAAGGUUUUGUAAAUUUAGUUCUAAUAGCAUAACUCCUUGGGUAUACAUGCAGUUCAUAGCAUAAGCAAGCAGAUUACACAAGUGAGAUUGUAAGCAUGGUGCAGAUACAAAUUUCCUAUCCCACCACUCCCGCAGACAGUCUUCUGGUCUUUCUGUUUGUAUUCUUUUAUAUAAUUUGACUGUAGUUUUAAGUACUUGUUUUAAUCAGUUAUCUCGGGUGUAUUUACUUGGGUUUAAGUGUUCUUGUUGUAAUGAAGACUGUCAGAUCCCAAAGCAUGUGUGCAUGGUGGUUUAGGGUUGGUGAAUAAAGUACACAAUCACAUUCUUUCAUCACAACCAUUUGAAUGUCAGCUUGCAUAUUAUUACACAAUUAUGCAGAAUGUUUUAUAAUGGACAAAUAAUGGUAAAUAGAGCAUCUGCUUUUAAUGAACAGGUUGGACCAUCAAACCCCUUCAAAACCCGACAGCAGUCUGCUCCCAAGAAUACUCUAGCAGGUACUGGGUACAAGUUGUAAAUUCUUUACUUUAUCAGUACUUAAUCAUUUAGGAAAAAGACUGCAGAACAGUUGUUUUUGUUUUCCCCAAAAAUGGUUUUCUGAUGCAUAAAAAAGUUGUGUAAAGUACAUGAGCCUCACAGGCCUGUAGCAAAACACAGGGUGCUUUCCAUUCAACAAAAAAUUCUGGUUUGAAAUUUUGGAAAUUUCACAUGCCCAGUGGAACGAUACAUCCUGUGUGCACAGACCUGAUCCAAGCCUCCGCGCGUUUGGUUAUUGUUCUUUAUAAGUAGGAUUCAAAAGAGCACUACUGGGGACAACAAUUUUGUCAAAUGGAGAGGGACAUUUCCGUCCAACCGGCCGAAAUGAUCAGACCGGUCAAAGUGGACCACCCUCAAAGCUGGUCCCAAAUAUUCAUGUGGGACCAAACCAAAAUGGUCCAUUCCAUUCGAUGUACCAACUGAAAUUUCCGGAAUUUUGGGUUGAAUGGAAAGUGCCUACACUCUCCAUUUUCAUCCUUGCUCCAGAACUUGUGUUUGAUCACCUGUUCACUUGUUCUUGGCCUAUGCAAUUAUGGGCUGUUUUGCAGUUUAGUAAGGAAAACAGUCUCUCUGCACAGGGUGGUCUUUAAUUUAAUACCUUUCACACAGUUGCUGUUUAAUAAGACACUUCAUUGCCUGCACUAUGGUUAAAUGCUGUACAGUGUUAUUGAGUUCAGAUGAGACAGGGAGGUAGCCUUCUUAUAGCAAACAAAGCUUUAGUUAAGGUUCAAUAUAAAUUAUAGAGAAAUCACAGUUAUUUAAUAGUAAGUGUCUUCCAAAUAUAAUUUGUUUGUUAGAUGAACUUUACCUACACUAGUGUGUACAGUAGAAUCACGAUUUCUGGAAUACUCAAUUCUUCAAACUAAUUUGCUUUUACCAAAGGUUUGAAAAUCCUGAAGCUAAAGUAUUAAGCAAACAAGAGUCAGUAUUUUUAUAAGCACAUGUUGUUCAUUUGUUAUGGUAAAUGUCUUGUUUUAGGCUAUGUUGAAGCAGCUCAUAUGAGUGACUUUACAUUUGAAAACCAAAGAAGAACAUUCACAAGUUAUGGUGAGUAUCCAAAAUAUAACAGUCAAACCUCUACUAUAUAAUGGCCCUCUAUUUGCUACUACGGUACAACCCACUUAUAACUACCUGCUUUUUGUUUCUUUUCAUGCUACGUAACUACAAGUAGUAGAACUGUAGUUUCAAAAAUCUACUUUAUAAAAUGUACCUCUCAUGCUCUAUAAAGCGGCCAGUUUUCAAAGCCUCAAUUUAUCGCUCACACAAAUGCCGUAUUUGUUAUCUGUAUUAAGCGGCCACCUCUAUUAAGCAGUGGUGGCCACCCUGUAGCAGUCCUAUGUUUGUCUUUCUUUGUUAUUUUUACCGGUAUUAAGCGGGCACCCUUCAACGUCAUGGAAACUAAGCCAUAUGUCAUUUUAUACGCUAUUUAAUUGUGUUUAAAAUGCUAUCCAUCAUUACACGCUGUACUAUAAAGAAAUAACAUACAAAGCUACUGUAAGCUGAUACUCGGCGGUCUAGUAUCGCUAACACUUUUCAGGUAUCCACAAUGUGCUAAAGUACAGUACCAUAUCAUGAACACUUCCUUUUUAAUUAGCUUGUUCUUCAGCCAUGUGAUAGAUAAUGAAUCACCUUCAAACGUACACAUAUACUCGCAAGGGAUUUCCAGGCCCUAACCUCCACCUCUUGUGAACUUUAAGUCAUAGAAAUACAGUACUGUAUACUGUAGAAGAGUAGGGGACAAAUUUAUGUUAUGUAUAUAACUACUGUUAAGUUACAAGUUGGCACUGAACUCUGUUUAAAGUAUUGAUCAUUUCAAAGAGUGUUGAUCGUCGUAUUGGUUCGUUGCAUGAAGUUUUUUUGUAUGAUAUGCCAUUAAUUACAUUGUAGUAUUAAGCGGCCAGUUCUUCAAAUCUCGAGGGUGGCCGUCAUGUACUGUACAAGUUUGACUGUAUUAUCCCUACUGUUGUUUAGUUUGUGGUAAAUGGCUGAUAGUCUUGAAAAAAUAAACUUUGUCCACAAGUCUUAAUUCUUGAUGAUCUUGAUCCAGUUAGUGUAAAUCUUAUUAACAGGUUAUGCAUUGGAUCCAAGUGUGGCAGGUGGAGCCAGUACAAGUGGCGAUAGGUUGGAAACUUCUUCACCUUUUUUUGCUCUGCUGGCCUGUAGUAUUAAUUAUUAUUAUUAUUAAUCAGCUGGUUUGAAUUGUAUACUCAUGUAAUAAUAUUGUAAUGAGUGAAAUUUGAUUUUUGUUCAAUAUACAAACAGAUUUGUUGGUGAUACUGAGAAAGCAGAGGAAAAGAAAGGUAGGAAUAAAACAGAUAAAACAGUUCAAUAAUUUCCAGUCACUUAACCAUUGCACAUUAAUCAGCAGCCCCAAUGUCCUCGGGGGUUAACCUGAUUUAUCAAUUACUAUAGCAUGAGGAAGUUAGAAGUGUUACUAAUCCACCAGGGAGAGGAUGGUAAAACUAUAGCUGACUGCAGAGUUGUUCCUGGCUGGUUCUGAUCCUACAUUCCCGCUACUUUCUUGUUCAUGAAAAUCCAGCAUCCUGCACCUUUUUUCACUGCUUCCUAAAUCCCUUUUUUUUUUGAAAAACAAUACAUAAAAAUGUCUAGUUUCUACAGAAGCCAAUAAAAGUAAGAUGAAGAUUGGCCCUUUCAUUAUUACUGAUGUUUUCAUUUAAGCGUGUUUUAAGGCUAUUGGAGGAAAGGAAAGCUUUUCACACCUCAGUAUGACAAAAGAACACCUUUAACCAUUUUGCAGGGUUUUCAUGAAGAAUCCUAGUAGCAGGAGAAAGGUGUAGUGUUACAGGAGAAUACUUUGGAGGAAGCUCCACAUCUGAAUAGAAAAUAGUCGUAGGCUACUGAAUGUUUGCAGGAGAAUUCUGUGUAGUUAGCAGAGAAUUCUCCAAUCUCCGAUGCAUAAUGAACAUUCUGAUUUUAAUCCUCACCUUGUUGAUUGUCGCGAUGAUUUCAUAAAUUCCCGGCAGACAAACACAAAAAAAAAUGCACAUCCUGUUGGUAGAUCUGGGCAAAUCCCGAUUCCCAGUUAGCAAAGUAAUGUAGUGGAAUCCUGGAUCCCAAAAAUACCUCUCCCGAAUCUGUAUUAAUAAUAGAAUGGCUAAAGAGAGACAGUGUGGCUGGGCAUAUAAGUUCAUUGUAAAGAUAUGAAAUUAAAGGUGUUGACUAUUCAGCCAUUCAGUUUUGUGCGAGGUUGUUUGUAACAGUACAAAUUGUUUAGUGAAUGGUUAUUGUUGGGUUGGGGUGUUAUCCAUCUUCAUUGUAUUUAUGGGUUGUUGUAAGGAGAAAGUAACUAUUGACAUUGUUACAGACAUAAUACAGAGUAUAAUUUGUAAUUUUAAAGGUGUGACAAUAUUUGAAGUAGCAGAAGCGCGUGCUGGUGACAAGAGAAAAAGGGAAAAGCCAGGUGAUCCAGGAGAUAUAGAGGGAUAUAAAGGUAAAAUUGCGAGAAAUAAAGUGAUCACUCAAUGUUUGUUAUGGUUCAGAGCUUUCAGUAGAUACAUGCUGUAUUACCACCAUAUGUGUGUGUUAAAUAGUGGCUUUUAUUGAAGUAGAAUCCUUUCAAGUUUUGAGAAAGACAAGUAAGCAAAUUUUCAUUGACUGUGCUGGAAAGAGCCCUUCAAAAUUAGUAGAAAACUUGCCAAGUUUAUACAUGAAGGUGAUGUGGUCCAAAGUGAGCAAAGAUAUUGCUGCACAAAGUCGCAAAAUUUUAUACAAAAUGUAGUUGUUUGAAUGGUGUCCAUACAAAUGUCUGUAAAAUUCCAUGACGUUGCAGAGCUACAUGUAUAUCUUCAUACGUUUUCAAAAAAUCAUGUGUAGACUUGGCAGUUUUAGUGAUUUUAAAGUGUUCUAAUUUCUACAGCCAUUUUGAUGGAUUUUCACUUUACUUGAUUCUAGUCAAAAGUUGAAAAAAUCAAGGAAGGGUCUAGAUAUUUUGCUUUGAUUCUUGAUCCACUAUCUGGAGUGCUGGCUUUACUCUUACUUACAUUUGGCAAAUGCAGGUUGCAGACUGCAGUGAUGGUGCUAUUUAUUUUUUGUCUUUUUUUUAGGACCAUGGGCAACAUAUGUUGAUGAGUCUAAAGUUGCCAAACCCUCAGAGGUAAGUAGCCUUAAAAACUAAAAUUUACUGUAAACUCAGCUUGAUGAGUGAAAGAAAACUUGUCACGCUUGUUUCUUUUUGUUUUAAAAGGAACAAGCUGCCAAACUAGAGGAAUUUGAGAUGACAAAGCAGAAGAGAAGCAAGAAAGAUGAAGAGAAGAGUGUGGAGGAAAAAACAACUUUACAUGGUAAGAUAGUGUAAGAUAUCUCACUGGUAAUACAUGUCUAAAAGAUAACAUUAUUUUGAUUUACAGACUUCACAGGUUUGUAGUUCUCCUUAGUUUUGUUCUUUUCUGCUCUAUUCAUCAGUAUUGCUUUAAGACUGCAAGACACAUACUUGCUUGUGUAACCCCACCCCUUCCCCUAAAAGAAGUAAUCAAGAAGUGGACACAUACCAAUUGCCCAGUCACCAUUAGUUCAUGUGUAGUGAAACCCAAAUGAAUGUAUCAAACUUGAUGACUAUGACUAUGUUUUCUUGGUACUUUCUGUUCUUGGGGUUUCACCAAAGCUGUCGCUUCUUAAAUGUAAAUGUUUGGCAUAAUUAUUACCAUUAUUUUGUUAGUUUUAUCUUUUUGGUGUUUUGGUAGUCUGUUUUGGCUUCAUUUGCCUUUGGUGGGCCUUACAUGCCAUCGCCAUCUCAUCUUGAUGUACAAGUAUUUUAAAUAGUGUUUGUUUUUUUGGUUUUAGUUCAAGACUCAGUGGAUUAUCAAGGUCGAUCAUAUCUUCAUAUUCCUCAAGAUAUCGAUGUCAGACUUGAUACUGAUGAACCACCUGAAAGAUGUUAUUUACCAAAGAAACACAUUCACACGUGGUCAGUUAAAGCACCUUCCUAUUAUUUCCUUUGUUAUCAAAAGGACGAUUAUUUCCUCCUCUCUUCGGGAAGUUUCAACAUGGCACUUUUGCGAGCAAAUUGCGCGCUCAAAGAAAACGCCUGCACUGCAGGCUACCAUUCAUAAAAUUAUUAUCAUUGACUUAUAUAAAUUCUAUAGUGUAAAAAAAAAUUAAACCAUUUACAUGUAGUUUAUUUAGUCAGUUUAUGAUCUUUUUUAUUUAUUUGCAGGACUGGUCACACUAAGGGUGUUUCAUCAAUUAAGUUCUUCCCCAAGUCAGCUCAUCUUCUCUUGUCCUGUAGCAUGGAUUGUAAGAUCAAGGUAAAUAUUCUCUCUACCUGGUGUAUGAGUAUAGCUGCACACGGUACAGGCAGGGGUCUAAAAAUUACUGCACUUUGCAAGGUUACUUAAUGGUAAUUUGAUUUAUGAUUGUAUUUCAGCUUUGGGAAGUUUAUGGCAAAAGGCGGUGCUUAAGAACAUUCAUAGGUAAGUUUAUACCAACCUCAUUCCCAAUGUUUUCUCCUACCUGUCCCUACUGAGCGAGAGAGAACCUCGGAACGAGGUUGAGUUUGUACAAUGUCACACUAAACAUAGCUGCACAGAAGAUGUUGUACCUGCAGGGGAGGCGACAUCCUCUUCCAUGUAUCACUACUGUCUGUCAGUGACAGAACAUUAAGCGACAUUAAGCUUGAAUCACAUGAGAUCUCAUUUUAUCCAAACAGAGCAGCCUUUGUUCGUUUUAUGGUGCUUUGGCAUCAACGUGAGCUGUGUCACCGCGAAUUAAGCGAGAGGAUUAGCAAAACAACAACUUUCCACGAACAUGACACUAUUUGUUCCUCCCUUUCCCCUCAUUGUAUCGUAAGGCCGUUUCAUUGCCACUUUUCAGGACGACGUUAGCACACUAUAACGAAUUAUGAGCUUGGGCAAGGUCGCUAAGAAUUCAUCUCUAGGAAAAUCUGACAUUAUUUGACUAAAAUAAUGAGUUAGUUGAGGUAAUGGCCACAAAAUUAAGGAACACGAGUUCACUCUGAUCUUUAAGUGACGUUUUGACUGUUGUCGCCUUUAUUUUUCCUAAAUUUCUUCACCGUCGCCCAUACAUUUCCUAUUCACAAAAAAUGAAUAGGUGAUCAAGGACGAUUUUUCUAGCAACUUUCGCUAAACGAAAUAUUGAUAAUAGCAACAGUUGUUCACCAAAACACUCUUACAGCAUAGUUCAGAUCAGUGUGUCACAUCCUCUGUUUGAUGUAACUAAAAAUCGUUUGUUAUGCGAUAAUUACAGGCCACAGCAAAGCUGUUCGUGACAUCUCGUUCAACAACACAGGAACUCAGUUUCUAAGCGCUGCUUAUGACAGAUAUGUUAAACUGUGGGACACAGAAACAGGUUUGGAAAUUCUAGCUUCUUAUUUGUACCAAUGUGUUUCUUUAAUGCCGCCUUUUAGUUUUGAGGAAGUGAUGCAUAAUGUUAAAUAUUGUUACAAUUGACUAUAUUAUUGGAAAAGGUGAAGUAUUUUAAAAUUGUGUAAGGCAGAUGGACUGAUUUUGUGACGGUAUUAUUUUUGCAGGAGAAUGUAUAGGACGCUUUACCAAUCGUAAGAUCCCAUAUUGUGUCAAGUUCAAUCCAGAUGAGGUGAUGUUCUGUAAUCAUCUUUCUUUUCUUUUAUUCUAGAAUUUAAGCUUUUAGAUUACAUGUAAGUCAUAAAGGAUGAUAAUCGCUACAGCUAUAUUGUAGCUAGCGACCAGAAGUUAUGCAUUUACAUCAUGGUUAGGACCUGGGGCGUUGAACUGCAGGAAGGAAAACAACGCUGCUGAGACGAAUGUUCCCUAGUUUAGCUUUACCUUGUGAUGCCUUGCUCCUCAAUCUUGUGUUUAGUUUUUGCAUUCUUGUUGCAAUUUUUGGCUUGUUUAUUGUCGUUCACACCUUCCUAGAUACAAUCUUGGACGAAAAGUGUGUGUUAAGAAUAUUGCACUUCCUCACCCACAGGACACCUAGCCACGGAUUUGGUAUCGCUGUGGCCCCUCUCUUCAUCCCACCAUGAUCAUGUUGUUCAGUCGAGGUCAAAAAUGAUCCAGCCGGCCUUCAACAUUGAUUUUUUUCUGGGGAAGGGGGAAGUAUUAGUAGUUGUCAGUGCUUUCAAGAGCGUUAACUUGAAACUAGACCUGGCAACGUCCAUUCGUCUAAAUAUUUUUGCCCAAGAUUGUAGCUCUCCUUAUAAGUUCAACGCCUUACUAUCUUUGUCUCUUGCUCUACCCUUCGUUAUUUAACGCUAAUUUACCGCGCAAAUUUUAUCAUCUUGCAGGACAAGCAGCAUUUGUUUGUCUGCGGUACAUCGGACAAGAAAAUAUUAACGGUACGUUGCCGGGCGGAACUCUCGUUUUAGCUUCAAGGCUGCAUAUAGAUUUUUUUAAAACAUUUUCGAGCCUUUUUAACCUUCAACGUAGUGCAUUUUGCUCCUAAGUGUUAUUUUGCAAGUUCCUGGUUGCUUGUAUUUCAUCAUUCCCUAGGUUUCUUGAGUUUCGAGUUUUAGCUAGUGUCAAGUUUUCCUUAUUUUAAUUGUCUUUCAUUUUAGUGGGAUACACGAGCAAACGAAAUAGUUCAAGAAUAUGACAGGUCAGGCCAUAUUUCACAACAUGCUAAAUUAGUUUAUUUCAUGAUUUUACAAAUUUAACGAAAACUUUGGUUUGUGUUACCUUUCUGGGUGUAAAUCUAGUGCUCCUGAUGUUUCAGGCAUCUUGGUGCAGUGAACACGAUAACUUUUGUAGAUCAAAACAGAAGAUUCGUCACCACAUCAGAUGACAAGAGCAUUCGCGUGUGGGAAUGGUAAGCUACAUGUAAUUAGAAAAAAAAAACGUCUUUUAUUGUAAUAGCUGAGACUUACUUACGCCGCGGUUUAAGAAAUCAUUGGAGCUCCAGAUCUCUUUCUUAGUGAGUUAUUUUAAGAAGAUAAGUUCCUUUCUAGUCUACGCCACAUGCUUUUACGAAAUUGAUCACGAUAAACGGUGUUAAGAUGAAUGCGUUGGGUAAAAUGAAAUUGUGUUAGAAUGUGAUCUUGUUAAUGACUGGUUAAACUCCGUUUACUGAAAUAAUCGGCUCUUAAGUGACAUAAAUAUCAACUCUGUCAGAUCUACGAUUACACAAGAACAACAACAACAACAACUUUAUUUGUCAAUACAAUAGCGCCGCAAUAGUUUAUCAUCGGCGACGUAGUCUUGUGAGUAAUUUCUCUUUCUUAACUCAGGGGCGUAUCUAGGAUUUUUCUUAAGAGGGGGUGCACCGCUAAGCAACUAACCACAACGUUUUUUUUUCCUGCAGAAUAUCAGUUGUAUUAGAGACAUUUUCUUUUAGAUAUAGAACCUAUAAAAUGGCUUUCGCAAUAUAAAUAUUUAUUUUGUUGUAGCCUUGCAAAUAAAGCUUGCUAUCGCUUUUCUUUUUUUAUAUAUGUUUUUAUAUAUAUAUUUUUUUAUAUGUAGCAUUUUUGAUGUAUUUAUAACAUUUGUCCUUGUUGUAUUCUAGGGAUAUUCCUGUGGAUUUUAAAUAUAUCGCUGAACCUAGCAUGCACUCUAUGCCUGCUGUAGCUCUGCAUCCAAACAGUAAGCCGGUCCACGUCACUUCAUGUGUAUAAUUGAGUGUUUUGUUUUGUACUAGAGAUAUUUCUUAUUUCAUAUUUCGAUAACUAGGUAAUAUCUCUGGUAGAUGUAAAACACAUUUUAACCAGCAGUGUUGUUGUUGUUGUUUCUUUUUUUUUUUUUAUUGAUGUCUACAUAUUAAAUUGUAACAAUGCAAGACUAGUAUCUAACUCGAAAACCUCACGGUUUAUUCAGAUGCUCGGCAUUUCCUUACCUGUAAUGUGUUUUUAGUUUUACUAAUAUGAUAUUGUAUGUAACUGACAGACUAAAACUACUUUAUGUAACUAUAAUUAUUCUAAAGCGAAAUAUAAAUAAAGCUUGUUGUUGUUGUUGUGUUAUUUUUUCAGAUAAAUGGAUGGCCUGCCAGUCGAUGGACAAUCAAAUCAUGAUAUUCGGUGUUCUAAAUCGCUUCCGUCAGAAUAGAAAGAAAACGUUUAAAGGCCAUAUGGUGAGUCGUCAUUCCGUUUAGCAUGAUUUUGAUUUCAACUCUCCAAGAUAUUAAAACGUAUCAAAAGUAACUACGUUAGACUGCGUCUUCGAGUGGCAGGUUUUUGUCUUUUUCAUUGUUUUGAAAGUUGAAAAACAAACAAACAAACGUAAGCGCUUUCUCAGAUUUUUGAAGACAUGUUUCAACAGUUUUUCCUGUCCUGAUCAGUUGUAAAGUUUGAUUUAAACAAUUACUUAGAGUAUGUAAGUCUCGCAGUAAAGUAGGAGCUGUAACUCUCAGUCACUUAAAGAGACAAGUGUAGAAAUAUAAUGCAGUUCUAUCUUUUGGAUCCGUGAGCAAAAUGCUAUGAUGUCACCAUUCAAAGUGAAAUUCUUCAGCCGUCUGAUUUUUCACGGGUGUCUGUAAAACGCGGACCGGAUACCGGCGGAUGGCGGAUGCGGAUGGGAAAAUGCGGAUAGAAAAAUGCGGAUGGAAAAAAAAAAUGCGGAUAGCAGAAAUUAAAAAGUAAGAAGAAAAAAAAGAGAAAUGUGGAUGGCAGAAAAAUAAUAAUAAUAAUAAAAUAAACAAACAAACAAUUAAGGAAAGAAAUCUUUCUUUCAAGUCGCUUUCACAUGGUUGAACCCUUCACUUACAUACAGACCGUGAUGCCAAUAGUUGACACAGUUAUUUUGUACCCUGUAAUUCCUUUCAUUAAGGACGCUCCGUUCCUCCUCCUUAAAUGCAUGCAUACUUGGUGCACUUCUCCUUUGAGUGUUUAGCCUAAGGUUUGCAGGCAACUUAAACAGCUCAAAAAAUCGGCUAGCAAAGGUUUGCUUAUUUUGCACUGGCCCCGUUUAAUAUUCUCCUCUUUACCAAAUAAGGAGCCAAUGGUCCCUGCAAUCACGGGUCAGAAUGCAGAAUAUUACCAUAGCAGCAUCCUAAAGCGGUGUAAUUCACGAAGCAGUUUGUCUUUACUUUCGGGAGUGAUCGCUAUUUUUUUUUUAACAUUUACUUUAUUAGGAAUUUCAUUGUUAUCACGCUAAGAAGGGGAGGCAUGAUUUCUUUGCUCUCACUGGAUAUAGUGUUCUCAACUUACAGAAAGAAUAUUCUCAGGCCAAUCAAAUCAAGACUUGUUUGUUUGAGCGGCUCAAGACAGAAAAAAUUGCAGUAUCAACCAGAAAAAAGGCCGAACGUUCCGAUUUGGCAGAUGCCAAUCAACUCCGCCUGAUCCGCCUGAUUAUUUCCCGAAAAGGUGUAAAAAUAAUCUGCAAAAUUAAACUCCCGCAAAAAAGUGUCGCGUGGAAACGCAUUAAUGAAGGCUACUUUCUGUUUCAUUUGUUUUUGUUUCGAAUUUUUCUGCUAGCAAAAUAGUUUCGAAAACAUAUCCUCAGUGAGUUUUUAGAACAUCUGUAUCGAGCAACUUAAAACUCGUUUUUAAAAGCGUGAAGGGCAGAAUUCGGAAUCGAAAAUAAUUUAUAAUAUUCGAAUUAUUUGGCCCGCUCCGUCUAUCUGCGAAGCAGCAACCAAACAUAUUUUUUCUACAUGGAAAGAUGUUUAAUUAUUAAAAAUCAGAAAAAAAAACCAAGCUGCUUCUGAAGAAGACUAUAUAAAUUUUUUAGCUAUGUCUACACCAGAUCAGCAUUUUUUAUAUGUUGAUGGAAGCUUUUCGUAAAACUGUGAAAAUGGAACGAAGGCCAGAAAAAUGACUUCGUUGAGGGUGCGGCAUAUUGCUUGAAAAUGAAUUUCUGUAGAAAAACGCUCAUUAAACAAGACCGAUUCACACAAAACCGAGAGGACAUUGUGUAACAGAAGACCACUAGUGUAACAAUAGCUUAGCUUUUGAUCUCAAAAACGGGCUUCUGCUGGUGUCUGCAGUUCACAAUCAGUCUCUGAACUGUCUGCUAUGGCAGAGUCGACCAGAGUCAAGGCAGAGCGAAAGUUGAUUUGUAUUAUCAGCCCUUUUGAAGAUCAGGCUCCUUUGUGAGGAAACAUGGCGAUUUAGCGGAGGCAAGCGUGAAAUAGGCGACGCAAAGCACGCCGUUUUUUUCGCGUAGUUCACCCUAUUUUUUGGUUUAGUUUGUUUUCUCUAAUUUUCUUUUAAUUUGAGGAAAUUCAGUCCUUUUCUGUUGUUGUUAUCCGAACAACGUUAUACACGUUUUGUUUUGUUAAGAAAUGUUUUAGUGACACACUUUAUAUAUCCAAAUUUGUGUUUCUUUGUUUUUGUUCACAAUUUUUUCUAUCCUCAUUUUGCCAUCCGCAUCCGCCAUCCGCAGGUAUCCGGUCCUCGUUUUGCAGACACCUCCUUUGCUAGCCGAUUUUUUGAGCUGUUAACCUCGCCUAAAAGCCUUAAGCUAAACACUCAAAGGAGUAGUGCACCAAGUAUGUGUGCAUUUAAGGAGGAGGAACGGAGCGUCCUUAUUUCUGUGACAUUAAUGAAAGGAAUUACAGGGUACAAAAUAACUGUGUCAACUAUUGGCAUCACGUUCUGUAUGUAAGUGAAGGGUCCAACCAUGUGACAGCGACUUGAAAGAAAGAUUUCUUUCCUUUGUUUGUUUGUUUAUUUAUUUAUUUUUUUUUUGCCAUCCACAUUUCUCGUUUUUUCCUUCUUACUUUUUUUGUUAUCCGCAUUUUUUUCCAUUCGCAUUUUUCCAUCCGCAUUUUCCCAUCCGCAUCCGCCAUCCGCAGGUAUCCGGUCCGCGUUUUACAGACACCCGAUUUUUCACACGGUACUGGUUGUUUUUCAGCUUUUUAUAAAAUUUGUUCUCUUGUUUCAGUUAUCAUUGGAUGGUGACUAUCUUGCAAGCGUAGUGUAACGUUGUCAGACUUGUACAAACUAUUCAAACCAUCCCUCCCAGCGUUUCAAUCAUCCUUAUUCUUUUACAGGUGGCAGGUUAUGUUGUCAGUUGAGUUUCUCUCCAGAUGGAAGGUAGAAUCCUGUUUAUUCAACGCUUUGUUUAUUGCCUGUCGUAGUUUACAUUUUAAGCAAUAGAAAACGUUUUCCGUGUUUACAUAGUGUGGUAUAAACACGACAGGGUGUUAGGAGAAUUUAACGAGGAUUUGCAUAAAUACCAACUGUGUUUAAAUACUCCCACGCAAACAUGCCUCUUGGCCAAUCAAAGUGCGCGUUCUAUCUUGGUUAUUUUAUAAAAUUAUUUGAUGUUAAAUCAUUAUUUAGUAUGCACCAAGAAACGAUAUAAUUUUUCGUUUGCUAGCUUUACUUCGUUGUCGUAGGGAUGCUUAACAACUUGUGCAAUAACUUUUGAACCUUGAAAUUUCAAAAUCACCCUCAAAAAAGUAAAUAAUUCAAAACUAGACUAACUAGAGGUAAUCAUUGAUUACCGAUCUGCGUUCGUCACUUACGGAAAAAUUACUGAAACGAAAUCGAGUCUAAAGGAGUCUAGUUACCCGGCUGAGGUGCCCCUGAUAAAAUUAAUAGGGGCGGCUAAUUUGUAGUCGCCCGUGAUAGCGUGAAAAUUUGCUCCAAGUGUCACAGAAACACCAAAUUAGGAUGCGUUCUGACGAGCGCGGACAAUGCGAUUAUGCUAAGCUUAAAGUUUUUAUUUGUAUAUUCUUUGCUAUAGUUACCUAAUUUCUGGCGACGCAGAUGGGAAACUUUGUAUCUGGGACUGGAAGUCUACAAAGAUCUACAGGUAUUGAUAACGUUGUUGUUUGCCCUGUUCUAUCCAAAAAUUAUUGACAAAUAACUAGAAGAGAGUUUUUGCUUUUCAACCAGAGGUGACCCAAGCUCGAAAUAUGACCAUCAGCACUGUUGCGUAACGUUCAAAAUAUAAGGAUUUGUAUGAGAGAAAAAGCAAUUGUUUAUUCUCUAAUACAAAUCCUUAUAUUUUGAACGUUACGCAACAGUACUGAUGGUCAUAUUUCGAGCCUGGUCAGCGGUGGUUCAACCAGACAGCUAGUAAAUGACAAUCUUACUUUUGAAACUUUUUUCGAAUUUUGUUAUUUGUUCUUUCUUUCAUACGAAGAUAUUAUUUUUGGCCGAGUGAUUCAUACAAGUUUAUUCUGAGUCCCACUCGAAGACGAUUCGUAGACUUCUUAUGGUGGUCACAGAAAUAUUAGUUUCCACGGGUUUGGGGGUGGGUGAAAUUACAGUUUUAAGGUUUUGGACCAAAAUAAGUUAACCAGCUUUAUCUUAUGCAUAACAUUGGUAGAUAAUGCUUUGUCUUUGGUAAGGCGGACCGUGUUUUGCUGGCAGAUGUCAGUGGGAUUGGGGGGGGGUUGAGAUCCUGUGUUUAAAAUUUAGGAAAUUUUAAGGGGAUUAUAUUCCGACUUUCACACUCCUCUGUACCUUACUUCUGCUCUGCUUACUAACGCAAUAUUUGUCGAUUUUCCUGAAUAGUAAGUUCAAAGCGCAUGACGCAGUAUGCAUCGCCUGCCUGUGGCAUCCUCACGAGACAUCAAAGGUGGUAACCUGUGGCUGGGAUGGACUCAUAAAGUACUGGGACUGA